AUGCUCUUUAUGUAUUAUUUUCUCCUUUAUUUUAUACUUCCUGCGCAUACGUUCUUCAGCAAGCAUUUCGCUGAUUUUUUGGAAGAGAACUAUGGAUCGAACUUCAGAAAUCUUUUGCAGAGGAGUGAUCUCGGUAACACUGGAUCAUUUGGAGGAAAAACAAAUGAGAACGACACUAUCGUUAACGAUCCCGUUAUAUUUGUGCAUGGAGUUUCUGAUGUGGCUGGCUUGAAAAUGCAGGCAGUGGCUAGUCAUUACAGAGCGUUUGGAUAUACGGAUGGUGAAUUGUAUUCAACAUCGUAUGGUUAUGGAGCAAAACUGAAUCCUUUGCAAUGGACUCUCUACUCAAUGAAAUGCGAACACGUGAAACAGAUCCGAGCUCUAAUCCUUGCUGUACGAUAUUAUGCCCGACAAAACGUUGAUAUAGUGGCUUUCUCUCUUGGAGUUCCAUUAUCCAGAAAGGCGAUCUUGGGAGGGCGAUGUGUAGAUACAAACGAGGAUUUGGGUGGUCCGCUAACACCCUAUAUUGAAACGUUUCUAGGGAUAGCAGGUCCUAAUCAUGGAAUAACGCUCAAAGUUGCUGGAUUAACAGUACCUGCAUGCGCACUUGGUACACUCCCGAUAUGUGAUAGAGUAGUUGGCCUCUACUCAGGACUUUGCCCUUUAGAAAGUGAAUUUCUCAAUGAUAUAAAUAGAAAUCAUCACUACGAAGGAAAGGUAGUGUACACUAUCUAUAGUCACAUCGAUGAAAAAAUAGGAUACAAGGUUUGUGACAAGGUAACUUCUUCCAUCAAUGGCGAAGAUGAUCACAAGUCAUUUCGGAAUUUGAAUCACGAUGAAACUUUGGAUACAACUUAUGGACUGCAAAUUUCCAUGAUACAAGGUCGAUUCGGCGGAAGGACUCAGAAUGGAGUGGGAGAAACGAAUAGCACCGACUCAGAUGUGAAGCAGAUAGACUCCCUAAAUAAUGUAUCCAUACAUAACGAAACCAUCUCCUUAGAUGAAGGAGGUGGUCUUAAUGUUAGCAACAUAGAAGUUCAGCAAAAAACCGAUGUCACACAAUCCUCGAAAUUAGAAAAAGAGGAAUACGACGAUUCCCAAUUAAACAAUAUCGAUAAGAUUAGAAGAUUUUUUCAUGAACAAAAAUAUGAUUUAUUGAACGACGAUAGAAUUACUUCAUUUUCGUCAGUGGAUUCAUCAAACAACGAAGUGGGACCGCUGUUCACAGAUGAAAAUACCAAAAAACCCAACAGCUCUAAUAAUACCGAUAACGUUGGAACAAGCGGAUAUCAUACAAGGAUAUCUUUCAGAAUUGAUUAG